UCAGAUCAUAGUUAAAAUGUUUAAACGCGUGUGGCAUAUAUUUUUAGCCUUAUUAAGAAAUCAAGGCUCCCGGAGUGCAAAUAUAAUAGUGACUAGUGGUAUUGUAAGAGAUGCAGCAUCUCAGCAUUCAUGCUCAUGGCCUCGGUUUUAAUAGUCUCGUAGGAUGAAGUGGGUUGUGAUAACCCGCAGAUAAACUGAGAACUCACUGGAUAUAGUGGAUAAACUUGAACGUCAACAAUACGUGCAGUGUUUAUUGUUACCGUGACCGUAAAGGUGAUGUGGAACGUAGUGUUAGUUCUACAUAAAAUAUGCUUAAAGUUCGUACUACGUUAUCAUAAUAAAGACAGAUUAAAGAGAACAGUGUUAAAGUUGAACCUUGGGAGGAGAAAGAAAAAGCCUUGAGCGUUAAUAGGUACAAUAGAUAAGAAAAUCUCGUGAUCAAAGAAGAUGAUCGGGUUUGUGUUGUGUGUUGUAGCAAAGAUAAUAGACUUGGCGAUAAGUGCUUAUUCGGGGGAGGAUGUGGGACGCUAUGAGUUUUUACACAGAAAGCGCAGGCGGAGGAAAUCUAGCAAAGGGCCACCGCCACGGCUGGGGCUGAAGGCGGCGAGCCCCGGCGUCACCGACGAGGACUGCAACAGCAACACCAGCCUCGCCGGAAGCCUCCACUCGACGCACGAUGAGCUCGACGCUCACUGCGAUAACUCCGGAUACUUAUGGCUCCUGGAUUACAAUCCGAUGUUUCGAGACGGUUCGUGCCACCACAUCUCAGUACUGUCCUCGGUAUCCGCAUCCUACAAGGGCAUAAGUGACCUUACAUCUCGCUUCGAGUUCGCUUCACGAUACAAAGACAUCGCCCGGGAUCUGGACGCCAACCUCGCUGAAGCUGAUAUGGAGAGCUUCAAGACUGAAGACAUUCACGCUCUCUUGAUGACCGCCGACUUGCCACACGACGCUAUUAUUGAUGAUAUAACACACGACAGUAACCCCCAAGGCGAGAUGUUUGCGAGCAUAUCAAGCUCUAUACUGGAAAAGUUUCGGUUCGACAGUUCAAUGAGUGGCAGUAGUUUGCAGGGUGAAGAAUCUGUCGGUUCCAUCAAUACAAUGUCGAUAUGUAAAUCGGAGCUGUUGUUCUCUCCGGUGAAAGAAGGCGCGCACGGAGUUCACUUCAGCGUGGAUAGUCUUGACUGUGAGCUGCCUACUGAACAAGAUCUCAUUCUCACCUGUCAAGCGAAUAAGGACAACUACACCAUCGCCUUUGAGGGCAGUCUCACCAUUUACUCCGAGGACAGUGAGUGCGCAGAACCCGCCGUCAAUCAAAAACAUGACAAACUGGUUAAGAAGGAUUUUAAUAUAGCUUUAGAUAGUGAUGAACGAACGCGCAGGAAUAUAGAAUUAUUAGAGAGGUGUAAGAAAUUAACAAAUAAGCUAACAACGUCUAUGGCAAGAAGUGAUUUAGGAUUAACUACCUGGAGUAAGCUUAAGAAGCAGAACAGUCAAUCGCCUUUACAGAGGCAUCCAUCUGGAAAUAACAAUGAAAACUCAAAUGAAGCAGCUGAUACAACAAAUGAAAUGAAUAACUCAGUAAUCAAAAGUCAAAGCUUACCAAACUUAUACAGAAGGAAACUGCUGAGCAGUUCCAUCAAUUCUGCAGCCUUAAGCAACUCAACGGUCGACUCUUUUACAGCCAACCAAAGGCUAAUUGGAACACCGACAUAUAUGAAAGUUUACGAUGUUUCACAAAAUCGUUCUUCACUUGGGAGUCAACAUUCGGAGCCCAUGAGCACAUCUUCAACAGAUAACCAAACGUCUUCUGAUAAAAGCCAAACAAAACAAUCUUUCAAUUUAGUAAAACUGUUUAUGAAACAGAAAAGUAUGAGUAAUGAUGGUAUAGUAGGGAUGGAUCAAAUAGAUCGAUCGGAAUGCUGGCCGUCUAGUUCAGGUGGGGAAAGCGGAGAGUCAAUGGGGGAGCAAAAGACAGGCAUUUUUAAAAGUACUCAUGCUGAGAGACCUCAAGUCGAAUUACCAAUCGAGGCUCUUGAGGAACCAUCAUUAGGGGUUUAUGAAGAAAUUCGACCAACAAACCCAUUUAAUAGAGUUUAUGACGAAGUGUUAAUAGAAGAAGAAGAAAUUGAAGGAUAUAGGGCAAGUGAUAACGAAUCCAAUUUAUAUGCUGUAGUAAAUAAACCUCACCUUAAAAGAGCGAACUUGAAUAUAACUAAUAGUCCUUCUAAAGGAAGAAACAGUAGAAGAUCAUGUUCCUCACAAUCCUCGGCUACGAGUGUUAGUAUUUCUAGUUGUUCUGAGUCUGAUGGUACCCAAAUAACAAGAAUCAAUAGGGUAUUACAAAGAGAACCAAGUGAUAAUAAAGCUACUUCUACGCAUCUUGAAGCCGAAACGCUAGACAAAAGUAUGCAAACAUCAAUGCUUCAAGCUUCAUCCAUGUCACAUGACCGAGAAAUAUAUAAGAUCGUAGAAGCUUCAUUCCUUGAAAAACUAAAAGAGGGUGGUUGUGAGAAACCAGUUUUUGUUUUGUAUCCUAAUUACACUUUACCAGACAUAAGCUUUUUGAAUGGCAGACCAAAUAUCUACUUGAGUCCAGUGAAAGUAAACAUAUCCCCAAAAUCAAAUGAUACUAGACGAAAUAGAAUGCAAGUAAAAGGUAAACGACCUUUUUCAUGCAACGAUGUAGAAAUGCUUAAGAAAAAAGGUCUGGGCCACAUCAAAGAUUGGGAUUCUCUGAAUUUUUUGUUGCCUCUGGAAUGCAAGCAGCUGCUCUCAGAAAUGCCUGAAUUGAUGCAGCAUAUGAAGGAGAAAGAGCUAUCGAAUAAAUGUGAUAAAUAUUGUAAUGUAUCACCUGCGUCAAAACAGAGGAAUAGGCCAAUGAGUUGUGAUUGUAAUAAUCUAGCCAACACUACAGCCGUUUCCUCAAGUUCAAGUACAGCCACUCAACCAUCCUCAGGAUAUCGAGGAUCAUCGACAAUGUUAACUGAUGAAUCAGCUCAGAAUAGUCCAGCUCCUACAGGGAACUUUAAUCCAUUGUUUGUAUACCGCUAUGAUAGUGCUACAAGUUCGGAAGCUAGUUGUGCCAAUAUCGAAGGCCAAAGAAUAAAUCCUUCGAUACCAAAAAGGUCACUAUCACUUGCCGAUCAAAAUAGAAUAGCGAAACAAGGAGAACUUGCUCCUCCAAGACCACCUUUACCUAAGAGUAUUUUACGUAAAUCCAUGGAUAAAACACGCAAAUCCACCGCACACACAAAACGAUACAGCAUGUUUGAACUAGACGAUAUUAUACAAGACCCAAUAGUGUGUGCCACAGCAGCUGUGGAACAUAAAACUAAAAGAAGAUCGCUUCAAGAGCCCUAUUAUCUUCAAAAUCAAACAAAUUUCGACUAUAGAAAAAAUAAUGAUUUGGCUGCCAAGAGACUAUCUCAGCAAUUCUUAGAUGCGGCUGAAAAGGACGCAGACUAUAACGAGUAUUACCAAGAUGAAGGAGUUGGAACUGAAAGUAGCCUUGAAUCAGGAAAAUCGAAUGAAAUUAAGUUUCACAGACCGCAUACGCCUCCACUUCCUAAACCAAGAACGAAGAAAAUUGAGUACAUUGAUUUUCCACCACCCGGCGCACUCAUAAGCAGCGCCGAUUUACAACAGCUAGAAGAAUUUCUUAAGCAAAGUGGCAUCAACUGCCAAAACAUGGAUGAAUGGGAUCAAAAUCAAGUCCAAAAGGUAAGAAGUCAGGUUACCAAAUUUCUUCAAAUGAAGCGUUCCCAAGAAGAAAAUCAAAGGUCGACGGAUUCAAGUAGCAGUAGUUGCAACAGCAAGAAAUCUGUCAGCUUUGCACAAAAGCCAGACGCUAAAGCUGAUGUACAACAAAGUCAGACAAAGCCCGUAGAUGAACUGAAGGUAGCAAGUCUUGCUACACCGCCUAACUCGCCGAAUAUCUCUGCUAUGGUAGCACAAAGACACUAUCAGGGCAAAAACUUAGCUGAGAUACCUAUUUGUGAAGAAGGGGAAGUAAGUCCUGAUGAAUUUUUAAGUCCAACAACACAUCACGAAGGAAGGCAAAAAUACGACCUAAUAGAUGUCUCCCAAAAAAGAGCUUUAGUAUCUAACGUGACAGAUGCUGUUGAAAUGUUGAUACAGCACUUUUCCCCGGCAACGGAUCAGGCAGAACUUGCUUUCUUAGGCGAUUCAAAACAAUCUCCGGCUUGCGCUAAGAUUGCCCUGAAUGCUUUGUGCCCAGCAUUAUACGCCAUAUUCAGAGAUGGUUUAAAAGAAAACAUCGAAACUUCUUUUGGAGCUGUCAAUAACUCAGUCUGGCAAAUGGUAGAAGCGACAGCCAGACAAGGUCCCAUCACUAAGUCCCUUAAUGAACUGGUUUUAAGAAUAAACAGCGAAGACGCAGUUACGGAAGGUCUGGUUAAAUUUAACGCAUUUAUUUUAGGUCUAUUAAACGCACAAUCUGUAGACGCCUGGGUUUCGUACGUACGGACGCGGGAGUCAAUACUUGAAAAGCACUACGACCCUGAUUCUCUUAUCUUAGCGGGUUGUGUAGGCGAAUCACGAUGUAGAGCGCUAUUGGAUACAUUGCUGGCCAGCCUCGAGCCACUCAGAUUGCUGCCGUUUUCCCUUGAUCUCAUGUUUGAAAUGCGCGAACUACACCGAAGCUUCAAGAGGAUCGAGAACGACAUGAGAGCUGCUAGUCGGCCCACUACGAUUAACACCCCGCCACUAACACUGAACCAGAGAAACCUGCUGAAGUUGGUCCGCUCCAUGCAGUCCAGCGCCGUGUCGAGUGACGACUGUCAGACCAGUGUCAUCAUGCGACACAGAGAGCCCAGAAACAAGGAGCCAUCCACGCCAGACUUGUUGAACGAUUCGGCUAAUGUUAAGACUACGAUUGAAAAAAAUAGGCCGAGGUCUUGCGUUAACCCAUCCGCCAUAGGCUACGACGUAUGCCCCAGUAACAGUAGGAUUGACUUAGAGAAUAAUAGAAGAUGGUCGGGGGUACAUCUUGGCUCCAAAUUAAUGCAAGCCUUUGACAGAUUGGUAUUCGACGACAGUGAUGAUUAUACUGAUAGUCUAGAAAACCAUAAGCCUCCCGCUAGAGCGCCCGGCAAUGACACGAAGCUGGACACAAGCGGCGAGGAGCAGUGGCGGCCCGGCUCAGCCAACAGCAGCGCGAGCGGGAACACAGGCACUGGCAGCAACAACUCUGGCGGCAAGUUCAGGCGGUUGCAGCUCAAAUGGGAAAUGCUGAGCACCGCAGAAAGCCCCGGCACGCCAUCUGGAGAAACGUCGCCAGCUACAGCUCGAGGAUCCAAGAUUCCGCGGCCGGUGUCGUCGCCCGUGCGGCCGCAGGCGCCAGCGAUACAGUCGCCCGCCAAAAACGCACAUCGGGGCAUUCCAGUACCGGUGCGUAAAGGGUCGUCGCCCACUACGUCGACGCCACGGCCCAACACGGCGAGAACUGCUGCGGCGGCUAAGAAACCACCGCAACCCGCUAAUAGAGUUAUACCCGAGAAGUCGACGAGAAAACCUGCGGACAAAACUAGAGUCGCAAAUGUUGGUGCUAAAAAAACAAACAGUUCUAAGAAGUCACCGGCGUCUCGCGUGGAUGGUGCAUGUGGGGGUGGCGCGCCGCGGCCCGCGUCGCUGCCGUACGGACGCGCCGCGCCGCCUCCCGCGCCGCGCCGCGCCGCCUCCUCCUCCGCGGCGCGCGCGCACGCGCACCACGCACAACAACAGAAGAACAAGUACGUGAGAACGCUAUGGCACCGGCUGCCUUCGGACUCGGGUCACCUCGCGUUCAACGAAGGUGAGAGACUGCGACUCAUCCUGGAAGUGGACGACCAGUACCUGCUGUGUUGUCGCGGAGAGCAGAAGGGCUUGGUGCCGCGCGAUGCUGUGCUUUUAGAGGAUUUCUGAUACUGGCAGGGGUAGCCCGCCUGGCAGCCGCACUGGCGUCCGCUGGUCGCGACACACGCGCGUCCCUGAGCCGGCGUCCGCCGCGGCUGUCGGCUUAAGAAGCAAACGAACUCUUCAACUAAAAUAAUAUGUACUUUUCUGCGGUGAUUAAAGUGAAACGGAAGUGGUGUGCAAUAGAUAGGUGAAUUCCGCGUGAACAGUUACUGAGAAUGGACGUUGUGCGAUUGAGAUGAACAUUGUACAUAAUAUUUAUGCGAUGCGGAAAGAUUCAUGGCUGUACGUAUUAGUCUUCUGAGGUUCUUGAAAGAUUUUCUAGUAUUUAAUUUUUAUGUUACCCGAAUCGAAAAUAUUUCAUCCAAUUCAAAGCUCCGGCCUUUGAUCGGGGAUUCCCGGGACUGCGAUUUCGACUAUAUUUACCUACUUUUUUUUUAGCUAAUUAUGGCACUGAUUUUUCUUUUUAUCCUUGUGACAUUUAUAAUUUUGAUGUAAAUCUCCUUGACUGAGUUAAGGAUUUUUAUAGAAUGAUUAAGUAUAUUGACUGAUAACAGGACCCGUCGCGGCAAUCCCUGCUCAACGGCUAAACUUGACAUCACUAGAAUUUUCGCACAUUUCUAAUUUUGUAGUAAAAUCUAGUCUUACGUUUUAAGGCACGACAUUGUGUCGGACUGUACAUAGAUCGUUGUAAGCGACACUAGUUGCCGGAGCGUUGGCUGCGGGUGCGGGUAGAUCAUGGCAUUUAGGAAUUUAUUUUAUGACGCUCGCAGUUAACGUUCCCGCGAUGGGAUGUGAUAUAGAUAAUUACAUUUUACUCUAAGGACAAAAUCUCGUACUUUAAGAACAAACUCCAGUUUACGCUAAAUCGAAUCGAAGCUUGCUCCCUCUGAGAAGGACGCUUGAUUUAAAAAAACAUUUAGAUAAAUUUAUGGGAAUUGAUGUCUAAAUAUAUCGGUAAUUUUAUCGUAAUAAGUAUUUAACGGUUUAUAGUACGUGUCUAUAUUAUGUACAUAAAACUUGUAUUCCUACCAAUUGGGUUCAAGGGUUAAGAGUCAAACGUUUCCGUUAUCCUCAUUCGUUAAGCCUUAGACACCUUGGGUACCAAGUUAUAAUCAGACUGAUAUCACAGACAUAACUUCUGUACAGUAUUAAUAGCAUGCAGCCUCUCCAUUUUACCAUCCUAUCGGGUUUGUGGUAUUCUGUAUCAAGAUUUCUCUAUUCUGUACUUUCUGUAUACCCACGUAUUGUUGGUACAUAAUCGUAGGAAGCGUUAACACGGUCGAGGUACUAAUCGCAUGGCCUUCAUCCAGUCUCCUUUCCUACGUCUUUCUACGUCAUGUACUUAGCGAAUGUUCUCGGUGUUGGAUACUAACUUCUCGGCAAACUGACCGCAUGCGCCCCUCCGCAGUCUUUAUCCUUUAACGCCAACACUACAGUGGAGCGUCUGUAAUCUGUAUCGAUCUCAAUAGGAAAUCACUUUCUAACCCAAUAGAACCUUCCUCUAGAACUUCGCUUUACGCUAAGUGUUACCCGUAUUGUGAUAAUCAAUCAUAUCACCGCUUUACGCCGGGAAACGGUAACGAAUAGAAAAUGAUAUUUUUGGUAAGUGUUUAUUUGUAUUGCUCAAGACGUCGAACGAUUUAUUAGGUGUUGUAUUAAUCGAAAGCAUAAUACUCUAAUGUAAUCGUAUUAUACUCGUGUUUUAAUGGCAAUAUUCGUUUUAUCGUUGUGUAAAGUGUGUAAAUAAAUAAACUUAAAAAUUGGUCGUAGU